GGCAGAUUGGUGGCGUUAAGGUGGUACGUGUUCAUGGAAACAAAAAUUUAGUUGGUCUCGGCAGCCAACGGACCGUCUACUGUAAAAAAGUACUGUUCAUCACUGUCUUACUUACCAUUUGCUUACAGGAUCAGCGUUUACGCUCACAGCCUGCCGAUCUCAUCUUAGUGUUGUAUUUCCCAUAUUUAUAUCGUCAUUUCCACGGGCUCUCACCUCUCUUUGUUGAUAAUUUUUUUUGCCACAGCACUAUUGAUCGACGCACUCCGAAGUCAGCGAGCAAUAGAACAAUGUCGAAUCAAUAUUCCUUUCCCCAUGCCUCCCUCAUCCUCCCAACCCUGACCACCCUCCUAGGCCUGACUGGUCUUGCAACGGGCGUAAACUCUCUCCUCUCAUCAAAACCAAUUGAUGCCAUCCGUCCGUUUGGCUUACAGGCGCCAAGUGCCACACACCCUAGCACCAACAACGACCCCCUGACAACGGCGCUUGUGCACGCUUAUGGGAUCCGAAACCUUGGAGGUGCGUUGGGAACACUUGGACUCACCGCAUUCUGGCAGAUGCAGGUUAAGGGCAGUGUUGCAGAGAGUGUAGCAAGGCGUUCACUGGGAUUGAGCAUGCUAUUGGGUACGGUGGUUGGAUUGGGGGAUGCGCUACUUGUCAGUCGAUUUGGUGAGGAAGUUGGUAGUAAGGUUGGAGUAGAGGCAAAGAAGGCAGGUUUUGGACACGGAGCAGCCGCGUUGAUCAUCGCUGCUGUGGGCUCGACGCUGUUGUGGUUCUAGAUGUGAUCUCAGAUACUACGAGGAAAGGAAAUGGCCAUGGUGAUUGGACUAAGAAGGCCAUGAAGAGACAUGGUGACCACAUCUGAGCUCAGGGUAUGGAACAUGUCCUCCUGACUUAUGUUGUCUUAUAGAUGUUACUCUGCUAAUUCCAAGACUUCUGCAUAGCCUUUCUAUAGUACGGAAGAGGGUGUAACGUCGAGUCAGUUACAAUC